UCUGGGUGGCUAGGAGGGGGGUGAGCAUAAAGUGGAGAAUCUUCUUGUCCUGACCCAAGAAUACGGUUGGUCACUUCUCUCCCUGUCCCCCUGACCUUUCCUGCUGUCAGGUUGCUUAUUGUGAAAACUAAGCUGGUUUGGGUUGAAAAAUAGGUCCAUUUAUUGUUUUAAAGGAUUUAUCGCUUGUAAGUCAAGUUUUGGUAUGUGUUUAAGGUUAUGAACAUUGUAACUAGGUAUGAAGUUUUACUUUUUCAGGCAUAAUAUUUAUUUAAAAUUGUUUUGAGGCAUUGCUGCCAGCAUUUGCUCAUGGUAAAAUAGUUGCAGAAAGAACAAUUUUUUUAAAUUUGAAAUGCUGUUCAUAUUCCCUGGGUGAAUGCGUUUCUCAUUUUGUGCCUCAUUUUUGUUCUUUAUGUAUGGUUCUCCUAGCACUUGAAGCCUUGGUCAAUCCUGCUGGGUUUUAACUGAAUGGAAAAUUACCCAAAGCUCAACUCGCUUUUACAAAUAGUAUUUUGUAAUAUGUUUUAAGUUGGAUGUCCUGACUCCAGCUGCUGCAGCAGCAGAUGUUUUGUGCAGAGAUGUGCUCUUUUUUGCUGUGCAUAAAACAGUCUCAUAUUCUGAAAAAAUUACUCUGCAAAAUGCAAGUCCCUCAUAGAGAGUGGUGGUAAUGACAGAAAUAUCUAUCCAGAUAAUUUAACGAUGCUUAGGGUUGUAUUGCAGUUUUUGUUAAUCCAUGGGGGAAAUCACUCAUUUUAUUUUCCUUCUUUAGUGACAUAUUGAGCCCAUUUAUCAACGUAGAGAAAUUUAGGUUGGAAGGGACCUUUGGUGUCAUUUGGUCCAACCUCCUACACAAAGCAUGUUUGACUAGAUAGGUAAAUUUUAAUUUGUAUCUAAUUUGAAUUUCCUGUUUCCCAAUUUUUUGUCCAUUGCCUCUUGUCCUCUUACUCUGCACUUCUGAGAAGAGCCUGGCACCAUCAUCUCUGCACCCUCCAACUCUAACUGUAGACAGCACUAAAGUCUCCCUGGAGCCAUCGCGUCUCCAGGUUGAACAAAUCCUUAAGCUUUCAUGCAUCCUGUGCUUCAGCUCCCUAACCAUCCUCGUGGCCUUUCACUGGACUUGCCCCAGUGUACCUAUGUCUUUCUAUAAUUAGGAUACCAACUGGUAUAUGGUCUUCCCAGUGGUGAGCAGAGUAAACACUUCUCCUGACCUGCUGGUACACUCCUGUUAAUUCAGCCCAGUACACACUUGGUGGUCUUUGCCGCAAGGCACACGGCUCAAGGCACACAGCUGACUCGUGUUCAGUUAGUUGUUCAUUGCAGGUCCUUCUCUGCAGAGCUACUCCCCAUCAGUCAACCUCCAGCCUGCACUGCUGUGUGGGGUUAUUCCCUCCUGGAUGCAGGACUUUGCAUUUGCAGUGAUGAUCCUCAUGAGGUUCCUGUUGCUCCCUUUCUCCAGCUUGUCCUGGUCUGUCUAAGCAGCAGUCUGCCCUCCAGCCUCUUGACUGUCCCCCACAUAAUUUGUGAACUUGGUACAUGUCUGCUCCAUUUCAGCACAGUAUCAGUCCCUGAGGGGUACCACUGACAACUAAUGGCCAGCUGGGCUUUGUAUGGAUAACACAGUAGUAGUCUGGCUAAUUCUCCACUCAGAUUUCUCUGGCAGCAUUCAUCCUAAGAUGCAGAGGUUGGUGGUGUUCAUUAUGUAUUAUUUUCAAGCUAUGAAAUCUAUAUUCAAUCAGAGGAACCUGGUUUUGAUACUCUGUACACUUACACACAUCUCUGUGGAGGUGAAAAUAAGUUUUCUUCUUUCCACUGAAGAGAAGAUCUGUGUUAACUGUUGGUUAGCCAGCCAAGAUGGGUGAAGGAAUGGGAGGGGAUGUGAUAGCCUUGUCUGGAUGAGGCAGUGGCUGCUCCAAUAGAUAAGAAAACAUUCUUUAUAAAACCAAAAGAUGUGCUAGAAGUAUGUAGUCUCUAUUAACACAGUUCAUAUCCACAGAUACAUAUUUAUUGAGAUGCAAGAUGUCUGCCCUGAGGCUGACUUCUAAUAGAACUUCCCAGCAGGCCUCGUCUAACUCUGAUUACACCUGGGACUACGAGUACUAUGAGUAUGGACCAGUGUCAUUUGAAGGCCUGAAGGCUCAUAAAUAUUCCAUUGUGAUUGGAUUUUGGGUUGGUCUUGCAGUUUUUGUCAUCUUCAUGUUUUUUGUCCUGACCCUGCUGACGAAGACAGGAGCACCUCAUCAAGACAAUGCAGAGCCUUCUGAAAAAAGAUUUCGCAUGAAUAGCUUUGUGGCAGAUUUUGGAAGACCUCUGGAGUCUGAGAGGGUCUUUUCUCGUCAAAUGGCUGAAGAAUCCCAGUCACUUUUCCAUUUCUGUAUUAAUGAAGUGGAACACAUGAACAAAGCAAAAGAGAGUCAGAAAGGUCCAGGUCUGGAGAGUAAUAUCCACUUCCAGGAGGUUCCCAGAAGCAGUGGAGUGUUUGAGGAAGACCUACAUUGUCUUCCAAAAUUUAACAUUCCUAACUUUGUGAACACUGAGCAGAACUCUUCAUUAGGUGAGGAUGAUCUCCUCAUCUCAGAGCCACCAAUCAUUUUAGAAAGCAAACUGGUCAUGCAAUCUUCCCAUCGGAUCCUUGACUGAAAAAACCUUUUAUGUUAAGGUAAAAGAUUGUCCAGUUUGAACCCUUUCUUGGCCUUCUGCUAUUUUGACAGAAGGUAUUUCAGACCUGUGCUUUUUAUUGUACGUAAGACUGGCUGUGCUACUAGAACUCAGUUUAGACAAGAAGUAAAACACUAAAUGCUUUAUUAUGAUGUUUUCUGUGGUCUAAACUUUUUGCCCAGCCAGCGUUAUUUUUGCUUCGUGAUUUUUUUUGUUUCUUGUUUUGUUCUUUGAUUUUAAAGGACUGCUUAUGACCAGCUUCUGAAGGAUCCCGUAACAAUUUAUGAGGACUGUGAAGGCUGGAGCCUGGUACUGGGAAGUGUAUGAAAAUUCCUUGGCCAAGAAAAGUGUAAAUCUCAAAGUGAGACUGAAGUAAGGAAUAAACAGGCAGCCUCUGGGGAGGUUCUGUAGCUUCUGCUACUUCCAGUAACGAUGCCUGAAACUAAGCAGCACAAUAAAUAUCUGCUUGGGAUUAGCUUCAGUUUCUGAUUCCUAACUGUUUUUGGUAUAGGUUAAAGCCAAUUUACAAAGCUUCCAGAGGGAAUACCUUGCAAAUUAAAUUGUUUGGCUACAGUGUUUACAAAAUGCCAUCACCACAUGCUGCUGACUAAAAGCAAAUUGGUGCCUGUACUUACAGUACUUCAGAGUGACAUUCCAACAGCUGCCCAGUGAUGAUGAGGAAUUAGUAUUCUACACACAAACACAGACCGUGAUUUGACUCUUUUUUUUGGUUUUGUUUUAAUUGCUGAUGUGAACUUCCAGUUCAGUAAGUGUAGGAUUCAGUAGCUAAAUCACAGGAAAUAAGAAAAAAACUAUUUUUCUUUUGCCAGUGCAGUUACUACAUGCAAAUGUAACAUUAAGCUGGUGUUAUAUGUUGCUUAUAGGCUGAACCUUCCUACACUUUUUGGGUUUAUAAACAGCCCUUUCUUUAUUCAUGGGCCAUGGAAGGGCUAGCAGGCUUUGAAUUGUUGAGAGCACCAGCUCCAAAUGUGAAGCUAAGCUCUGCUUGCUCCAUCUGCUUUUUGUACUCAAUUGGGAUGGUGUUGCAACCUCAGCUACUCUCCCAAUUAAAGGUUUGUCAAGGAAUUGAAUAAGUGUAGUUUCAACCUUUAUUUUUUAGAGACAGAAUAAGGUUCUGAACCUUAGAGAGUACUUAAAUUAUAUUUCAGCUUUCCUCAAAAGAUGGUAAUUAAUGACCAAAUGGUUUUAGAGCAAGCACAGAAGAUACAGAGGCACCAGGUUCAAAUCUUUUGCUUGAUUUGGAGUAUGCUCUGCAGGAAAUUCUUAAUUGAAAUGAAAAUAAGUGGAUGCCAGAUACUGUGCCUGUUUUUAUUUUUUUUUUUUCUGAAACUGACCUACUUUGUACCCAACAUGUCUGUGUCGGAGGGAAAAUGUAGUAGUGGCCUGCUGAUACAUUCUCCAGACACUUAAAUGCUGAUUAAUUAAUUCUUCCUUCACCUUACAGAUAGGAAAAAGUAGUGAGUGGGUUGAAUAUUUAAAGAAUUAAAAACGUGCAGGAAACGUAUUUGGUUUUUAUCUUCUGUGCCCCUGUUAUAAACCAGUUAUUGCUAAAUUUCCUGUUUUCAAAUGUAAUUCUUACACUACUUGCUGGUUGUUUAAAGUAAUGGGAUUAUAGUUUAAAACAAAGCAGAGACUGUUUUAAACUAGCAGAUUUUUGUUGAAAAUAUUCCAGGAGAAGAGUGAAGUGAACCCUGUUCUAAAUGAGCAUGGCUCCAUGGGCUACAGAUCUCCAGUAAAACGUUUCAAGUGCAGAAAAGGCCUUCUUUCACAGGAAGUAGUUAACUACAAGUUUGAAGGCUGUAGCUGUGGACUGUUCUCUUUCCAAAUUAAGAAAUUUGGGAAAUGUGCCUCCGAAUGUGGCAACUACUUCCUGCUGAGGCAUUUCAAAUAACUGCUAGCUAUCUGAACUGAAGCUCAACAUUGUUCUUGCUAACAAGUUCUGGGACUUUUACUAAGCGUGGCUUUUAUAGCCUAUUUCUGAAUUAGUGAGCUGCCUUCAGUAAUGUUUGAGCCAUUCUUCUUAAUUUUUUUCUUCCUUUGGCAUGCUUCAAAACAGAAAUGCUGCUUAAAGGAGAGAAAAAUCUGUGUAGAAUCCCUCUCUUCUGCAAUCAAGAAAUGAAGGGUUUUUUAAAAGCAUUUAAAACUCUGCUUCCUAGAACCAUUUAGGUUGGAAAAAGAUCUUUCUGAGUCCAGCCAUUAA